AUGGGUCACAGGGAAGAGGUUACAGAUGAAUUGAUCUUCUUCGUCAAUGGUCUUAAAAUCGUUGAACAGAAUCCCGAUCCUCGUGUCACACUCCUACAGUAUUUGAGAAAUAGACUACGUCUGACGGGCAGCAAGCUAGGAUGUGGCGAGGGCGGAUGUGGGGCAUGCACUGUGAUGGUGUCCCGAUACAACAGUCACACCGACACUAUAUCCCAUUACUCAGUGAAUGCGUGCCUGGCUCCCGUCUGUUCUCUCCAUGGCCUGGCUGUCACUACAGUAGAGGGUGCAGGCAGCACCAAGACCAGGUUACACCCAGUACAGGAACGCCUAGCUAAAGCCCACGGCUCUCAAUGUGGAUUCUGCACCCCAGGCAUCGUCAUGUCCAUGUACACUCUGCUCAGAAACAACCCACAACCCACCCAACAACAGAUAGAAGACAACUUUGACGGAAACCUGUGUCGAUGUACAGGAUAUAGGCCAAUUCUGCAAGGAUUCGAGUCAUUUACCAAGAGUAAUGCAAGCAGUAACGGAUUCACUACCAAUUCAGCUAACGGCGUUAAUACACUGCCAUACGACCCGUCUCAAGAACCAAUCUUCCCUCCAGAACUCAAGACGAGAUCCAGAUCUUUUGAAACCUCAUUAUGCUACAAAACUGACGGAAUGACGUGGUACCGGCCAGUAUGUUUGGAGGAGAUGUAUGAUCUCAAAGCCAAGUUUCCUCAGGCUAAAAUGGUUAUUGGUAACACGGAAGUGGGUAUUGAACUAAAGUUCAAGAAGAUGGACUAUCCCGUGCUGAUAGCGGCUACUCACAUACAAGAGCUGAUGGACAUUCGGGUCACGGACACAGGGUUGGUGUUCGGUGCCUCGGUCACUCUCUCAUCCCUGGAGUCAGCCUUGAGGACGGCUGUAGCCGAAAGACCAGAGUCUCAAACUCGUGUCUUCGCGUCUAUCCUUGAAAUGCUGCGAUGGUUCGCUGGUCAUCAAAUCAGAAACGUAGCGAGUAUUGGCGGAAACAUCAUGACCGCCAGUCCCAUCUCUGAUCUCAAUCCGCUCUUCGUCGCAGCUGGGGUACAGCUUACCGUUGGAUCUAAAGCAAAAGGAACCCGUGUGGUUAAAAUGGAUAAACACUUCUUCAUCGGAUAUCGAAAAACAGCUAUAUCUGCAGAUGAAGUUCUUAUUUCUGUCCAUCUACCGUAUACUUCUGAAAACGAGUACUUCAGCGGCUUCAAACAGGCACAUCGCAAGGAUGACGACAUCUCCAUAGUAAACGCUGGCAUGAGGGUAGAGUUUUUGGAAAGGACAAACGUCGUAAGGGAGAUAACUCUUGCAUAUGGUGGCAUGGCCCAAACAACAAUUCUCGCCCCGAAGACGAUGGAGGCUCUAGUGGGAUGUGCCUGGAAUGAUGAGCUUGUAGACAAGGCUUGUCGAACUCUGGAGAGUGAUCUCCCCUUGGAACCCGGCUCACCAGGUGGCAUGGUAGAAUACCGCCGUACACUCACAACCAGCUUCUUCUUCAAGUUUUAUCUGUCUGUCUCGAAGAGACUUAUUGAGAAGGGACAUCACGCAAACAACAAAGUUGUCUCAGAGAUUGUGUCGGGUAAUGGCGGCAUCUCCCGGGCGGUCAGUGAGGGGAUCCAGGUGUUCGAGCCAGUACCGGACGGGCAGUCGCUUGAUGACGCUGUAGGGAGGCCGCUCGUACAUGUUUCUGCCCUACAACAGACGACAGGUGAAGCUGUGUAUGUUGAUGAUCUCCCGAAGCACGAAGAUGAACUCUACCUUUCCAUGGUGAUCAGUACCAAACCCCACGCCCGCCUUGUGACAGUGGACCCUUCAGAAGCACUGAGUCUGCCCGGUGUAGUCGACUAUAUAGACUACAGAGACAUCACUGGUAAUAAAAGAUGGGGAGCCACCGGAUCCUAUGAAGAAGAGAUCUUUGCAGAAAAUGAGGUUCUUUGUCAAGGGCAGAUAAUUGGCGCCGUGGUUGCCGACACACAAGAGCGGGCUCGUUGUGGUGCAGAUAAGGUGAAGAUUGUGUACGAAGAACACAAACCGAUCAUCACAAUAAAGGAAGCCGAAGCAGCCAAGUCCUUCUUCGAUAAAGUGAUCAGUUUGUCACGUGGUGACCUUGAAGUCGGUUUCAGCCAAUCAGAUCACUUCCUGGAAGGGGAGAUUGAGAUCGGAUCUCAGGAACACUUCUACCUGGAAACACAAGCAGCUGCAGCUAUUCCCAGUAGGGAAGAGGGUGUCAUGGAAGUGUACACUAACUCACAGUUCCCGUCUCAUAUACAGCACGCAGUAGCAGAAACACUGGGAGUGAGAGCCAACAGAGUGAUUUCUCGUGUUAAAAGAAUAGGUAGGAGGAUUCGGGGAAAACAAAGUCGAACUGUCUCAAUAGCGCUACCAGUAGCAGUCGCAGCGCACAAACUUGGCCGACCGGUCCGCUGUAUGCUGGACAGGGAUGAGGACAUGGUUAUAACAGGAACACGCCACGCCUUCAUCGGAAGAUAUAAGGUUGGGUUUACAUCUUCGGGAAGAAUUAUGGCGUACGAUGUGAAACUCUUCUCGAACUCAGGUUCCACCGUUGAUCUUUCACCAGAGGUGAUGACGAAGGCCGUGUCUGGUGUUGACAACGCCUACUUCAUUCCCCACAUCACCGUCGUCGGCCGGAUGUGUAAGACAAACAUCCCAUCAGCAACUGCGUUCCGUGGAUUCGGAGCACCACAAGGCAUGUUUAUGACCGAAUCGGUCAUCGACAAGAUGGCCGACUUCCUCAAUAUACCUGGAGAAAUGAUACGAAGUCAGAACCUGUACAAGGAAGGGGAGUUAACCCAUUUUAACCAGGCUGUCACUGACGCGAACCUACCACGACUGUGGUCGGAAUGUGUGUCACAAAGCUGUUUUACACAGAGACGUAAAGAAGUAGACAAGUUCAACAAUGGAAGCCGAUGGAAGAAGCGCGGUUUGUGCGUGAUUCCAACAAAGUUCGGCCUGUCGUAUGAGGCUCCGUCUAGGUUCCUCAACCAGGCUUGUGCCUUGGUGACGCUGUACCUGGACGGGUCUGUGUUGGUGUCUCACUGCGGGACUGAGAUGGGACAAGGUCUUCACACGAAGAUGAUCCAGGUGACCAGUCGAGCUUUAGGUGUUCCUGUAUCUGACGUCUUCAUCAACGAUACUUCAACAGAUAAAAUCCCCCUCACCAGCCCCACCGCCGCCAGCGCAGGGUCAGAUCUCAAUGGAGGGGCCGUGCAGAAUGCUUGUGAAAUACUGAGAGGGCGUCUUGAACCUUACAUAAAAGCCAACCCAAAGGGAAAGUUGUCCGACUGGGUUAACAGCGCGUACAUCGAUUGCGUUCCAUUGUCAGCCUCAGGUUCGUUCUUCACAAAGGGACUGGACUACGACGAGAAACUAAACAAAGGCACGUUCUUCAACUAUUUCACGUGCGGCGUGGCCUGCACAGAGGUGGAGAUAGAUUGUCUCACAGGAGACCACCAGGUUUUACGGACCGAUAUUGUGAUGGACGUUGGCAGAAGCCUGAACCCUUCGAUUGACAUUGGCCAGAUUGAGGGUGCUUUCAUGCAGGGAUAUGGGUUAUUCUGUCUCGAGCAGCAGAAGAUCUCACCGGCAGGAGUUGUCCUUACUCGAGGCCCGGGGACAUACAAGAUACCAAGCUUUAAGAACAUCCCGGUCAAACUGAACGUCACCUUGCUGAAGGACAGCGUCAAUAAACGUGCAGUAUACUCUUCCAAGGGUAUCGGUGAACCGCCUCUGUUCCUGGCAUCGUCGGCGUUUUUUGCCGUUAAGGACGCCAUCAAGUCGGCGCGAGAGGACGCUGGGGAGAGCCGUGAGUUCCGCCUGGACAGUCCAGCCACGCCCGAGAGGAUCCGGAUGGCGUGUCGGGAUCAGUUUACCAAACAGUUUCCCGAACCUGCAGAAGGGACUUACAGGCCAUGGUUUGUGGACCUGUAAGGCGGACCUGAAGGAACAUUUGUCAUUUUCAUAGAUAUUUUACACUCAUAAUUGGACUGGAGCGUAUUUUGGAAGAAUCAUGUGAUUUUGAUUUUUAAGCAAAUAUCUAGUCUUGACACGUUACCUUAAAAGCGGAUUGUGUGCUUUGUACCUCAGUUCACGUGUAGAUCACCUUCGAUGAUGCAGUGUGUUGGCGGCUGACGUGUCCAGGGUGUUUAUCGCUGUUUGUAGGUAUUAGUACAUAGUAGUGAGGAAGAGGACCAGUCUCGGUGAUGAUGACUGUUAUGUGCUAAGAA